GCAUCGAAUAUGGGUGGGUGGGUGUCUACGUAAUCCAGUUUUAUACGUAGGAAGACUCGAUGUGGUAGGUGUUGAUGAAUCCUACGCAUUCGAAUACCUGUUUUUUUUAAUUGGAGCCUCGAUGAGAAUGAUCAAUGAUUACCAUAGCUGGAAGAAAGAAAUGGGGUUCCUGUAACGUUAUGACACAUGGUCAAAAUUCAAUGAUAUCUGUUCGGUUAGGUAACAGGAGUUGUAAGAGGAUUAUCCACUUUUUCUUGACUUUCAUCGUCAACCGAGCGAAGGUAGAUGGGUAAGUAGAUAGAUAGAAAGGAAAGCAGGAAGGAAGGAAAGAAGGAAAGAAAGAAUAAAGAAAAGAAGGAUGAAUUAAAGGGGAAAAUGAGAUCAUUGAGAAAGGUAAACGUGUUAGAUGAUGUUCACAAUACGAGGGCCUGUUUGAGAGUGAUCGGAACACAUACCACUCCCGAGGACGGAUUCACGAAUCGUAGCGCCACCUGCGUUAACCGUGAUACCUCAAAAUGGCCGUCCCUCUCACCUCAGACCUUCUCGGUACGUCGAAGAAGGCAGGUGUGGACGAUUAGAAGAAUUUUAAUCGUCUUCUUUUAACUUGUCGCGAUCGUUCCAAAUAUUAUUGAUUUUCUUUUCCAAAUUUUCUUGUUAUUCUUGUUUCUUUUUGUUUUCGGUUCGGAUUUACUUUUGCCGGCGUUUUUUCUUUUUUUUUUUUUUGUCUUUGAUCGUAUAACAACGAGUUUUUAUUCACGGUUGAAAAGUUUCACGAAGAAGGGCAAAUUUACGCACGCACGUACGAAGUGAGGCCCUUUAAGAAAACACGUCGAACCGCAUCUUUGUCCCAGAUAGAUCAAAGCCUUCGAUUCCGGACAGGUGGCUGGCUGAUUGACUGACUGGUUGGUUGGUUGGUUGGUUGGUUAGUUGGUUGGCCGGUAUUGGACACGCUCUCUUUUAUCUCGACCUUCCGUAUUUUCGUCCUUCCUGCUUUCCAUUAAUCCGAACUUGUUCAUGUACGACUGCUGGUAUGCGGGAAGAAAGUGGUGCGAACUGAGGAGAUUAAUUUCGGUGCGGUUACCAGAGAUAGUUGGAUAUUCAGUUGGACUACAUACGCGUUAACGUUCGGUGAUUUCAAUGCACGGUCGUUCGUAACCAUCGCUACUCUAACCGGAAGAAACAAAUCAACCAGAAGAAGAAGAACAACAACAACAACAAGAAUAAUAAUAAUAGGAAAGGUGUUGUUCAUUUCGAUGUUGUUUUAUUGGCAUCGAUCAUUACGAGAAGAUAAAAAGAACAAUAAUCUUCAUUCGUUCUCCUUUUAAAAAAGAAAAAAGAAAGCACAGGAUGUUGUUGCACGUAAUAGAAGAGGAUACAGUUCGGUCAAAGGACGAGCAAGGAUUAUGAAAACGCGUCGCAGUGACGAGGUCCUAUUCGGAGGAUUGAAAGUGGUAGUAAACGUGAAUUGGAUUCACGAUUCAAUUGUAAAAGAUAUAUGCAAGUGAGUGAGAGAGUGAGAAAAAGAGAGAGGGAGUGAGAGAGAUAUAUAUAUAUAUAUAUCAUGUAUCGACCAAAUUUCUACGAGAGUACGUGCCUGAGAUGCGCCCAGACGGUUUAUCAGGUCGACAGGGUCGGCCCUUUGAAGGAUUUCACGUUCUUCCAUUCUGGUUGUUUUAAGUGCGCGAUCUGUGGUACGAAGUUAACCCUGAAGACUUAUUACAACAAUCAGCACACGAUAAACGACAAAGAGGUUUAUUGUAGCAGUCACGUGCCGAAACCAGGACCGGGUACAUUGGAUGGUUCGAGUGUUGGUAUAAGAAGUGCUUUGAACGUACCGAGAAGUGGUUACGUCAACGAACAAAUCAGAGCUGGUGGUGCGUCACCACGUGCCGCUUAUCCACCUUGUUACGAUAACGUAGACUCGCCUAAUUAUGGUAGGCACUUGAACGGACACGGUUCACCCCCAGCUACGAAUUCGUCGUCCCAAGGGAGAGAUUAUCACGGGGGUGGUAGCGGUGGUGCAUCGUCUCCGUAUAACAGCCACCAUCAACAGCAUCAUCACCAUAAUCAUCAUGCACAGGACGGAAGUUACCAGUAUGGUAGAUUCGAUGCUAGCGCGUUACACAUUGCGCAUGCUCUCAAGCAAACGGAACUUCAAAAGGGUUAUAGCAAGGCUCGCGAGAAACCCAUCGAUUAUUAUCUGGAUCGAGACGAGCAAACGCGUUUGGAGAUGAAACAUCGUAAAGAGGAAGAUGAUUUGUACAGAAAGUUUGCUCAUUAUCGAGAAGAGGAGGAUCGACGAAUCAGAGAAGAAUUCAGAGACGAAUGGGAGAAGGAGUUGGAACAAUUAUCGGCAAGAUGGGAACGAGAGAAGGGAGGAAGAACGCGUACCCAACAAUUUCAACAGGAGAAGGAAGACUUGGAGAAAAACAUGACUCUUAGGAGAGACAAAAAGAAGGAAAGUCUCACGAGGAAAAUGUUGGAGCACGAGCGAGCUGCAACGGCAGCAUUGGUCGAGAAACAAAGUUCCGAAAUGUUGGAGUUAAUAAACGAGGCAAGAAGCGAGUAUAUGCUUCAAGAGAGUUUGUAUCUUGACGAGGGUGACGGUUAUACACAAGAAGCACCACCCCCCUAUCCAUCACGAGCACCUCCACCCCAACCACCGGCUUUAGCUAAGUAUCACAUUUACAACGAUCCCAUGGAAUUUGCGGAUAUGGACCAAAUUGCGAUCUCGGUCGCUCAAGAAGAUCAAAAGACGUUUACAGAUUUGGUACGUCAAUUGGUUAGCAGAUGUGGCUCGGAUAUCGAAAAGGCAAGAACGAUAUUUCGAUGGAUUACCGUUAAGAAUUUAAAUACCAUGCAAUUUGAUGAAAAUUUGAGAGGCGACACGCCUAUGGGACUUUUGAGAGGAAUCAAACAUGGUACCGAGAGUUAUCACGUUCUUUUUAAACGACUCUGCAGUUACGCUGGCUUGCAUUGCGUGGUUAUCAAAGGUUACAGUAAAUCUGCCGGUUAUCAGCCAGGUGUAUGUUUCGAGGAUAACAGGUUCAGGAAUAGUUGGAACGCAGUUUACGUUGCCGGUGCGUGGAGAUUCGUUCAGUGCAAUUGGGGAGCUCGACAUCUCGUAAAUGCCAAAGAAGUUCCACGUCCUGGUCAACCAAAAGCUAAAAACGAUAGUUUAAGGUACGAAUACGACGAUCAUUAUUUUCUCACGGAUCCGAGAGAAUUCAUUUACGAAUUUUUCCCGUUACAAGAGGAUUGGCAAUUGCUGAAACAACCGAUCACGUUAAAAGAUUUCGAAGAAUUACCAUUCGUACGAUCGUUAUUCUUCAGAUAUGGCCUUUAUUUUCCGGAUACGAACACAAAUGCCGUUAUGUAUACGGAUUCGACCGGUGCUGCGACCGUAAGAAUAGCGAUGCCCGCACACAUGCAAUCGUCCCUCAUUUUUCAUUAUAAUCUCAAAUUUUACGAUAACGAUGGGGACGGAUACGACGGGGUCUCUUUGAAACGUUUCGUCAUGCAGUCGGUCGUUGGUAAUAUCGUUGCAUUUCGAGUGCACGCCCCAUGCUCGGGUGCAUUCCUCUUGGACAUAUUUGCGAACGCGGUCACGCCUAAGGAGUACUUGACGGGUGAGCCAAUGAAGUUUAAGAGCGUGUGCAAAUUUAAAAUCGCUUGCGAGGAACUUCAGACGGUGAUGGUGCCACUUCCGGAUUGUGCCAGUGGCGAGUGGGGUCCUACCAAGGCUACCAGACUAUUUGGAUUGAUACCGAUCACUCAUCAGGAAGCUUUAGUAUUCGCAGGACGAGAAUUGGAAAUACAAUUUCGGAUGUCGCGACCGUUGACCGAUUUCAUGGCGACCCUGCACAAAAAUGGCAUAGAAGAAAAAAGAUUGUCGAAGUUUGUUGCGCAUUCGAUAGCAGACGACGACGCGGUAACUUUUUCGAUAAGUUUCCCGGAGGAAGGACAAUACGGUUUAGAUAUUUACACGAGAGAAUCAAACGGACCAACUACAACGCAGCACGACGUUACCGGUGAAAAACACUUGUUGACCCAUUGUUGCAAGUAUCUCAUCAAUUCGAGCAAACGUAAUUGAUAAGAGAGAUGAGAAAAUAGAAUAGAAUAGAAUAGAAUAGAAUAGAAGGGAAGAGAAAAACAACAACAA